AUGGUGCAGGGCAUGCUGUUCUCGUCUCUGCAGAGUGGCAGCACUGCUGAUGCAAUGCGUUCGCUCACGCCGAAGCGUGGUUCUACGGGCGUCCAGCCGCCUCAGGCGCGUAGCAAGUCGUGGAAUCCCCCAAGUGACCGUCCCUUCCUCCACGCCAGCUCUGGUCGCUUUCUGUCCAAGAAAGAGCGCCGGAAGGCGUGGGCGAUGUUUCUGCAUAAGAACACACACGCGUUUUCCCUCGUCGUGAACGCCUGCCGAUCCCCUUUGGCGAUGCGAGAGCCACAGGUAGGGUCCGCGUUGCUCACCUUCCUCUAUAAUGUGUUGCGGCACAUAUCGGGAGAUAAGCAGCGUAAGGCGAUGCUGUUAUGUGAGAAGCUUGGUAUUAUUCGUGUGUGCACGCUGGUGCUCCAGGAAGGGAAGCGCCGGCUGCGUCCCGGCGACGCUGUCGAUGUUGCUGUCGUUGCAUCUCUCCGCGCGUGCGAAGCGGCUGCUCUGCUCUUCACUCUUGCGAGUACCUUUAAUGUCAAGCUGUGGACCGACUUCCGCCUAUCCCAGAGUCUGGAGAGCACCUUUUUCUGCGCCUCCAUAACGUUCCGGCUUCUAGAGGCAGAGUUUGCCAGGUAUCACGCGUCACUGCAGUUGGACCUUCACUGCGCCACCAUCGCGGAGACACACGAGUACGCGGAUCGUCACACACGUAAGGAAACGCUGACGGCGCUGCAACGAUUUCAAUCGCGCACGCAGUGGACCUGCACUGCCUUCUCCCACUUUUGUUUUACACUGUUCGCCUUCUCUGGUAGCGCUGCUACCGCGGUCGAUCUUGGCGCGCGUGGGAUGGAGCUGUGCUCCACUGCCAUCGCCAUGAGCACGUUUUUUCUUACACAAAUCGCGCCGCUGGUGUUGAGGGGCGUAGCAUACAGUGUGUCCGAGCAGACGCUGCACCCCCAUGUCGGGUCUCUGACAGCAGUCGACGCCGAGCACUGGGUGCCCUCGUGGGUGAUGCGGCUUAUGCGGCGGGUGGAGUUUAUGCUUCUAUGGUGUGUGGCGCUGAUGCAGCGAUUGACAGGCGCCGACAAGGUUCGUCUGACGGCGGCUGAGGUUGCCUUGCGUUUUCACGUGCCGCGCAGCGUCGUGCUUUACCUGUUGCCACGGUCGCGCCAAACUUUGCAGGUGACGCCCCGACGAGAGUGCGUCCACGUAAUUCUGCUCCUGCUGAGCGCACUGCUAGAGGCAGACCGCCCGGCCACGCUGGAAGACAUGAAGGACCUCGGCGGAUUGAGGGGCGUCGUGGCAAGCGUCUUGGCGUUGUCUGAGAAGUCGUCGCAUCAGUGGCACCACUUCUACCUCCAGUUGUGCUUUAUGUACGGGUACAGGAUGCUGCCGUCGUGGAACGGCCGCCCUGCAUGCUACGUGGACGGGCGCCUGCCGGCGUCCCUGCGAGGCUCAUUUGACGCUGCCAAGACACCAGGUGAAAGGUCGAAGUGGUCGGAACCCCUCAGCAGCAGCGUCGGCGCAGUCGAUACGAGGCCGAACGCCUCUCAGACAUGCCAGUCGUCGACGCAGCCGUCGCUGACUCAGUGGGUCAGUGGCUCGACGGAGACUGCGUUGGCGCCGCUCAUCUCUUCCCCACUCAGAGCAGCGGAUGCAGGACGCAGGGGUUUGAAUAAGGAUCUCCUCCUUGUAGACACCCGCCCAGAUGUUUUCUCACCAGAGCUUCACAGUGGCAACAUUGACCCGAUGUCGGCACUGGCGGCGUUCGACAGCUCACAGCUCCCGUGGCCGUUCACGGAAGCGGCACCACCAACAACGGUGGAGAGGUGGUACGGCGCCUCCUCCCGCGUUGCUUCAGCCGCAGAGGACGCGCACCUCAACGUGCCGCUGAUCAAUGUAUCUGAGGAAGAUCGGGUCCGGGUGCUGCGCCACCAUAUCGCGCGGCUUGUACUGCUGGACGAAACGGCGUGCGAUGGUAGUCCGAGGCCGCAUCGGCACAAGGUGGUGUUCGAGCGACUGAGCAGUGCUUCACCGAGCGCGGCUGGCGACGCCCCCGACGCCAUUCAGCAGAGCACUGAUGGAGUCGAAUUUUUCUCAGACUACGAGAGCGGCAACCUGCAGCGCGCUGUUGAAGUAAGUGAUGGCGAGUAUGACUUAGUCCUAUCCUGGGACACCGCCACCAACUCCUACACGCAGUGGUUUAGCUUUGGCAUGCGCCACUUCAUCCCCGGCAAAACGUAUCGCUUCAACAUCGUGAACAUGGAGAAGCUCGGCUCUACCUUUAACGAAGGCCAAAAGCCACUGCUGUUGCACGUGCCAGACGGUGCAACCCCUCCUGGCUCAAGUGCACCACGGCCUCAGUGGACUCGGGUCGGAGAAGGCAUCUUUUACUUUGGCAACGCGUUCUCUCGGCCUACGCGUGCGCACUAUUUUGGGAAGAACGGGGAGACCGCCAGCGCACCGGCGCCAAGCCCAACCUCCGUGUCUCUGCAACCUAGAAUACUGGGGGUGGCGAGCGCGUGCACGCCUGCUCCGCAACUUGGCGGUCGUGCACCACCGCCGGUGAUUGCGAAGAAGCGCGUCCCGGUACCCCCCCAAUCGCCAUCGCCGUCCACGACGCUGCCGCCUACCCUGCCCACAUCUGCAGAGUCAGCGGCGCUGAAGCAGAAAUGCUACUUCACUGUCACCUUCUCUGUUACCAUGCCAACGGCAGUAGUCGGAACGGUUUAUCUUGCCAACUGUUUCCCUUUCACAUACACCGAGCUACGAGAGCAUCUCAUGUGGCUGACGAGAGAGGUUCAGGCGUGCCCAACACGCUCGCUGUUGCCGCAGUGCCUGUGCUGGACACCUGGCAGGGUGCAGGUUCCGCUGCUGACGGUGACGGCGCUGCGUCGCCGAGGUACUGAGGAGCCGUACACCGUGGAUGAAAUACAGCGCCGCCCCAUUGCGCUGCUUGUGGCGAGGGUGCACCCUGGCGAAACAAACGCCAGCUGGGUCAUGCAGGGUCUGCUGGAUACUCUUCUUUGCCCGCCAGCAGAGGCCGAAGAAUAUGCGUUGCACCUGUGUGACAACUUUGUCUUCAAGGUGAUACCCAUGCUGAACGCCGACGGUGUGAUCAUGGGCAAUCAUCGUUGCUCAUUUGCCGGCGUCGACCUUAAUCGAGACUACGUGGAUCCUAAGGCCGAACAAAACCCCACUGUGUAUGCCAUGAAGCAGCUGCUGCGAUACUGGACUGGCGAGGAGAAGCGCAAGGUUGUGAUGUUUGCUGAUUUUCACGGUCAUUCGCGAGCCAAGAACUUUCUCGUGUAUGGGUGCACGGUGGACACGAUGCGAGGGAUUGCAACUCACUCCCGCCUAAAAGGCAGGGGAGGAGGUGGUGGCGGUCGACGCCGUGGCACCCGAGACGCGUCCAGCACGGCCCCCGCUGCUGCGGAGAAGGUGAUUGCGGCGUUGCUAUCCCAACUCUUUCCAUCUUUCUCUCUCUCGCAGAGUUCCUUUGCUGUAACGAAGGACAAGAAAGGCUCCGCGCGUGUUGUGCUCUACGACGAGUUCGGUGUGCGCAUGAGCUACGGCUUCGAGGCAACGAUGGUAGGUGGCUUGGUCUGCGUUCCCGAGCUUCUGCGAGCGAACACUGGUAGCAACGACGAUGGCGCUGCCACACCGGUGUCGGUUGUGCCUAGGAAAGAGGUGCACUACAAUCCCACCGUAUUUCGUGCCAUGGGAGACGUCUUUCUGCGAGCCUUUUCUCUUCUUUUCCAACAAUGGACGGCGCUCACGGCGCUGGCGGUGGACAGUCGCGACAACUACCGAAAGUGCAGCCCGAACGAUGUACUCACGUCAGUGGCGCUGCAACUGUCGUGGAGCAUGACUGCUGUUGCUGGGGGUGGCAGUAAUCCCCCAAAGAACCCUUCGUCGCCUUCCACAAGGGAGGCCGGCGCGGCUCUCCCUCGCGCGGGACCGUACGCUGCAGCAACCCGAGGAGAGCGACGGGCGGGGUCUCCGAUAGCUGCCGGAGUAUCGGCGGCGCCGAGUGAGGCUGGUACCGUGCUACCUGUUGUCCCUGUAGCAGGGCAGGUAGAGGCACUGAACUACUUGUUCAUGGCAGACUGCCGCGAGGGGGCAACACUGGUAGAGGAUGGGGACGACAACGACGACGACGAAGGCAACGUGAGUGGCAGCGAUAUAUCUUUCGUGGAUGAAAGCGUUGAUGCUCAGCUUGAGGAUGAUGACUUGGCUGCAGUGGCGCGCGUGAGACAGAGACGGGGGAGGCAAGCAGAGACUGAAGACGCCGGCAAUGCAUCUGGGGUUAGUGAUCAUAGCGCGUCCUUGUCCGCUGGUUCUGGUAGCGACGACCAAGACUGGUCCGGCUAUGAUUCUUUCACCAGCAGCGCCGCUGGUGAAUCUGGUGGUAACCGAAGUAGCGUGAGCAGUGUGGAUGAGCAGAUCCCUACAAAUUUGUUCAUAUAG